AUGGUUUGCAAGUGGACCAACAGUGGGGGGCAGUUUCCGGGCGUACUGGCCGCGUUCCUGACCAUGAUCGGGUCGCACGAUCGGUUGCAGCCGGCAGCUGUUGUUCAGUCGUUGUAUCACGCCAACAUGGCCGGUACGGUGGUGAGUGGGUUGGUGUUGGUCGGUUGCCUUACGGCCCUCGGCUACAUCAUGUGGAAGUAUGAGCAAAGGCGCCAUAAUCUGCUGGCUUUGCAUAAUUUGCGGUCAAUCGUACUGCUGGUGGCGUUGCUCAUCGGCAUUGGUGAAAUUGGCCACCAGUGGCUGGCCGUCGAUCGGUUGGGACGCGUACGGGCCGACUGCACCGGAACGGUGCGACCGGAACUGCACUCUACACAAUCGGAAACGUUUACGACCGGGCAGGCACUCUCGGAUGCAGAUGCAGUCGCUUGGAAAACGGUUACGGUCGGAUUUGGUGCUGCCUGGCUCGGACUGCUGGUACAUCUUGGCGUAGCGUGCCUGGUACGGGCUAUCGAGCGACGGGAUAAAUGUGGACUAUUAUACGCCGUGGUGGCGGCCGAAGGCGCCCAGUCGAUAGUGCGAUGGUGCAAAUUUAAAUAUAUCAACGAUGUCACGGACACUGCCAGCCGCGAGGGCUCCACGAUGGGGAGCAGCAUCCUUGGCGUGCCGGAAGUUUUCCUGACGCUGGCCGGUGCACUCGCUGCGACCACACUGGCCACCAUCGAUGGAUUCACGCUGUACGUCGAGCAAAACACUGGACGCCGGCACGUUUCAUCGAUAAUGUCGAGCGAGAAAAAGCUCGGCUACAAGACGCCGCACUCGCCGUUCCUGUCGAAAGUCACCUUCCACUGGAUCGUGCCGUUGCUGUGGCGCGGCUACCGGGAACCGCUGGAACUGGAGGAUCUGGGCAAUCUGCACGAGAAGGACACCAGUCGCUAUCACUACGAUCAGUUUCUGUUCAUUUAUCAAAGCUACAAGAGCACACGAGCAUCACUUUGGCGCUGUUACGUACGGAACGGGUGGCGCAUGUUUUUGCUCGGCGGACUCCUUAAGCUGGCCGGCGAUCUGUGCGCCCUGGUGGGACCACUUUGCAUUUCCAAUAUCGUCGAUUACAUAGCAGCUCAGUCGAUGGUUGCUAGCGCCGGUGGUACGUUCGCUGCGUCCUUAAUUUCGAGCAAUGAGACAGCGCGCUGGGACGACCCAAACCCAUCCGCCGGCUUUGGCAAAUCAAAUCAAUCACCUGCGGCGACAGCCGGUGACGAUGAAACCGGUGACGGCAAUGGGCCACUGCCGGGGGAAGAAUUCAAAACGCUAGCACUUACCUGGGCAUCGCUGUUCGCUAAUGGAUGGUUCGUGUGCGUGCUGGUGCUGGUCGCUUCGCUCGCACAGGGCACACUCUCCCAGGCGAGCACUCACCUGAUGGACGCGGAAGGCAUCCGGCUCAAAAAUGCUCUCCAAGGGUUGGUGUACCGGAAAACGUUGCUGCUCAGCUCGAGCUGUUUUCACGCGGUGGAAAAACUUCCCACGCGCGCGGAACCGUCCGGCGCACCGGAUGGGGUUGAGCGGCCGCAACAAAGCAAACCGCGACGGGGCAGCAUCAACGCCGGUGAUGGUCACCAUCGGGAUCCACCACCGGUUGAGAACAAUGUCAACAGGCGUGCAGUGGCAGAUGCAACCGAAUUGCACACGGAAGUGAUCGAACAUAAAACAUCGGUCGCAAACAGUGCGCCGAGCGAUGAUGGUGUGGGACCGAGUGAUGAACGACGGUUACCAAAUGCAACGCCUACGAAUCCCAAUCAGGCACCACAGUGCACCGGUCGACGAUCGUCCUGGGAGGGCAAUGCAGCCGAGCGUCUGAUUUGUGAUGGAAAACCCGGUGAAGACCCUGCCCGAAAUGGGCCACCGUCAGCGGUGGCGAGCGACCCGGAAGGGAAACGAAAGGUGCCGAACGUUGCGCACGAUGCCGGCACCAUCACUAACCUCAUGUCGGACGAUGCGUUCAACGUGAUGUCGUUCGUAAAGAUGGUACAUUAUGUGUGGGCCAUUCCGCUAAAGAUCGGCGUCGUGAUGUACCUGCUGUAUCGUCAGCUGGGGAUUAGUACGGUAAUUGGAUCGGUCGUUUGCAUCGUCACGAUGACACCGCUGCAACUGCUGAUCGGUAAGCUGAUGGCGGCCAACUCCAAGAAAGCUUCGGAAUGCACCGACGAGCGGUUGCGGCGCAUCAACGAGGUACUGCUGGGGAUAAAAUUAAUUAAACUGAACGCAUGGGAGAGCGUAUUCAAAGAUAAAAUUUCGCAAGCCCGCCAGCAGGAGCUACGCCAUCUCGACCUGGACUCAAUCUACUGGACAUUAAUGAUGCUGCUCACACACAUUUCGUCGGUGCUAAUUACCAUCGUAACGAUAGCGGUCUUUCUCACACUCGAAAACAACCCGAUCGAGUUGACGGCUGGCCGGUUAUUUGCAUCGCUGGCUCUCUUCAAUCAGCUAACGGUGCCACUAUUUAUCUUCCCAAUUACGAUCCCAAUCACACUGUCGGCCAUCGUGAGCACAGCUCGGCUGGAAGCAUUCUUCGGCCAGCCCGAGGUGGAACGGGGUUCACUCGAAGGUAUUCGCACGAUAGCCCGAAUUCUUAGCAAAAGUGACGCCUCACUGGACAUGGACGAGGCGGGUGACUUGUCGGACGGUGGAGGUGAAGCGCAACACACGGAUGCACCGGUCACUGCAGUACCGUGCACCGAGGAAGGCGAACGCGUUAAAUUGCCCGAUAAUGUCACCGGUUCGCCGCAAACCGAGCGGAAAGCUGCUGACAAUGGCCGUUCGCCGGAAGUCGAUGGGAAAAGCUGCAGCCAACAGUCGUCCAUGAGUUCGGGCCGGUCGAUUAGGUCCGAUCAGGUGGAACCGGCUGUAACGGACCGGGCCGGACAGGUCGGUCGGCAGCGGCCGGCAAAGUAUCAAAAGACGGCCCCGAGCCCACGGGUGAAGCUGAAGAAGAACAGCCAGCUGUCAGUGAGCGCACGGCUGGAGAAGUGUCGCCAGAAGCAGAAGCACCUGGCAAGGGAAAUGCGCUUCGGACUGCCCGACCAUGCGGCUGCGUUUCUUAAGGAUGCUCGCUUCCGGUGGACCGGCACGGUUGGAAACGAUCGGGCCCACUACACGCUCUACAUCGAGCAACUGACCGUGCCAAAAGCUAAGCUGACCGUCAUCGUUGGACGUAGCGGUAGUGGCAAAUCGUCCCUGCUGGCAGCACUGCUCAAAGAGAUAAAUCAUCUUUCCGGCGAACUGAUCUGGAAUAAAUACUCAUCGAUUGCGUACGUUCCGCAGAAACCUUGGCUACAGAACGCCACCAUCCGGGAGAACGUACUGUUCGGGGAAAGCUUCCGGCCGAAACGGUACGACCGGGUGCUGCGGGCGUGUGCACUCAAGCCGGACCUCGACCUGAUGCCUGCCGGCGAUGGAACGGAAAUUGGCGAACGUGGCCUCAAACUGUCCGGCGGUCAGCGGCAACGUAUCGCCAUCGCCCGUGCCCUCUACUCGUCGGCCAAUGUGGUAAUUUUGGAUGAUCCACUGUCCGCCCUGGACAACGAGGUCGCAAUGGACGUUUUCGAGAACGGUGUACACCGGAUGCUGGCACGCCAAAAGCGAACCAUCAUUCUGGUCACUCAAAAGGUGCAGCUGGUACAUCGGGCCGACAAUAUCGUGGUAAUGGAGAGCGGCACGGUGAGUGCAACAGGUUCGCUGACGGAAAUCGAGAACAAUUAUCCGCACAUCCUGCGGGAGUGGAAUGCAAUUAUAGCAAAGGAGCAGCAACAGUCGAGCGAAGCACAAUCGAGCCCGGGACGGACCGCUCGCGAACGAUGGAAGCUGUUCAAAAACAUCUCUCGGAUCAGCUUCCAGCGAAAUCAUGCUGCCGAGGAGAAUGACUUCAUGGAGCGCACGUUCUACUUUCCUCGGACGAUGGCAAACCGGGCCCUGUUUGGAUCCCGUUUCUCGGCUCAUGAUUUUCCACUACCAAUCGAAGACUGCCAUGAGCCGAACGUUGCCCUGCGCAGACACUUCUCCAGCCGGCUGCGGAAGGAUUCACCACCCUCGUCGGCGGUAGUACUGCGCCGCCCGGAACCGCUCCGAUCCUUCGAUCCAUCCGGCACCGGACAUCAGAGUGUGUUUCGUGCGUUGUCACUACAGCUGGGUACUUCUACGACCGGAAAUAACGCAACGACCAGUACGGCGAACCAACGGCAGCGGCAGCCUGCGGUCGUGGUGCGUCACAUUUCAUUCCCAACCACACUGACCACGAGCUCGGGCUCGAGUACGGCUGACGAUCGGCUGUACCGGGUACGGCCCAACGAUGGCUGUGAGUUUCAUCCGGGACAGUUGGCUUCCAUCGCAUCCGGAUCAUCGGCCUUGUCCGGCCAGCGAAGAAUUCUAGACACCAUGGACGACACGGCAACGGGUGAUGACAUAGGACCGAACCGCACAGGUGUGCCGGGCCAGAAUGAGGGCAGAAAUAGUUGUGACGAUUUGAAGCGUAGCUCCAUCGGAUUCCGCAUUCCAGAGUUCCUGCGAAGGAUGUCACUUCGGGGCCGCCGCUUUUCGAACCCAACCGAGUUGGGCCGGGUGGAGCGUGGCUCACGGAAAUCAUCACGGAAGACCAGUUCGCUAAAGUUGGUAAGCAUUCCCAAGGAGCGACAUCAUUCGAUCAAACGUUUGCUUUCGACGAUAUCGCGCCGGAGCGAGGACACGGAGGAAUCUUCCGUUGAUUGCGGUGAAGCGGAAGUGUCCAAUCGAUUGAUCUAUGACGACGAACGCAAGUACGGCCGUAUACCGACCCGCAUGUACUGGCUGUACUUGGUAUCCUGUGGUCCCCGAAUGGUUGCCAUCUUCUUCCUGAGCGCGUUGGCCCAGCAAGCGCUUAAAGUGUACACCGACUUCUGGCUGCAGGAAUGGACGGAUCGAGCGCCAUCCGCCGUAUCAACCGCAGCGGUGCCAGCAAACAUCGCCGACGGCUUAGCGCCGAAACCGAUAGAGAUACAGCGCCCUUUCCACGCGUACGUCGCACUGUCGGCCGUGUGUAUCGUACUGGCGGCCAUCUCCGUACCGGCCGGCCAGCGUGCGGGCAGUAACGCCCGGAGGCGGUUACACCGGGAGCUGAUUGCAUCGGUGCUCCAGAACUCGAUCCAUUUCUUCCAAUCUGUGCCCUUGGGGCGGAUCAUGAAUCGGCUCAGCGUCGAUGUAGCCGUGGUGGAUAAGAAAAUCGCUGCAACAAGUCAAAAGCUGCUACAAUUCAUUCUGCUCUGCCUGUGCGCCGUGCUCAUAAAUAGUGUCGUGACGCCAUAUUUCAUCCUGUUAACAAUACCAAUUUGUGGCAUUUACUACCUGGUGCAAAAAUUCUACCGUGCAUCGUCCAGAGAGUUGCAGCGGAUUGAAAGCAUGACCUACUCACCGGUGCUGGCACACUUCUCCGAAACCAUCGAGGGCGUCACGACGAUCCGGGCCUUCGGCCAGGAAGCACGGUUCAUGGAGGUGCUGUUUAAGCGCAUGGAGGCGAACAACGUGGCACAGAUUGCGCUGAACUGCAGCAAUCGUUGGCUCGGUAUCGUGCUCGACUAUCUCGGAGCCGUCAUCGUGUUCGUGGCCAUCCUGACGGCACUGAUUACGGCGUGUCUGCGACCACAAUCCACCAGCUCGUCACUGAUCGGGCUGGCGGUCAACUACGCGAUGUUGGUGCCGAUCUAUCUGAACUGGGUGGUGAAGCUGUUCGCCGAGAUGGAAAUGUACGGUGGUGCGGUCGAGCGGAUACAAUCCUUCAUCGAGUGCGAUGUCCACCAUCGGCAACGGUUGGGCGGACGCGUCCGACAUCUUUCGAGGUCGGAUGUGACCGGUGCGGUGGAACGCUGUUCAUAUAAGAGCGUUCCAAUAUCCUGGCCACUGAGGGGUGUCAUCGUGUACGACGGUGUUUCGCUGCGCUACGAAAAUCAAAAGGAGAACAUAAUCACAAAUUUGAAUUUAACAAUCCCGGCGGGCCAACGGCUUGGCAUCUGUGGACGUACCGGAAGUGGAAAAUCAUCACUCGCACUGGCAUUGUUCGGUGCGCUCGAGGUAACGGCCGGUCACAUUCUGAUUGAUGACGUGGACAUUGCCGGGCUGCACACGGAUGAGUUACGUUCGCGGCUAUCGAUCAUCCCCCAGGAGGUGAUGCUGUUCGGUGGCAGCGUUCGGGAGAACCUAGACCCGAGGGGACAUUUUUCCGACCUCGAGCUGUGGAACUGUCUCGAGCUGGCACAGCUGAAAACUGUCGUCAAGGCAUUACCGGAUGGAUUGGACACGCAGAUAUCGGAUGAUAAGCACUACUUCAGCAGCGGACAAAGGCAACUGUUUUGUCUUGCCCGGGCAAUAUUGCGCGGUUCGGUGUGUUUGGUGCUGGACGAGGCAACGUCAUCGCUCGACACGGAAACGGAAAAGCUAGUUCUGCAUGCGGCCAAGAAAGCAUUCAAAGGCCGUACGGUGAUUACGAUAGCGCAUCGGCUCCAUUCGCUGUUUGACUACGAACGGGUGCUGGUGUUGGAACAAGGCCGAAUCGUGGAGGAUGGAUGCCCCCGGCAGUUGGCCAGCACGGUGGGCAGCAAGUUUGGUAGCAUGCUGAAGGCGACUGAUCACCAGCAGCACUCAAUAGUGGAAGACGACGCUCAGGAAAGGUGA